AGCGCGCACCGGAUGUGACGUCCACCGACUUCCGCUCGAGAUUGAGGUGAGGGCCUGGGCCUGAGGGGCGCGCACUCACGUCGGCGGAGGGACAGCUCGGGCGUGCCUGAGUGAGGGUUUUACCUCAGGCCCUCAGAGGAAUGGCAGAAGAAAGAUGAGGAUACUGAGCGAGCAUGAAGGAGACAUCUCACCAGGAGGAAGGAGAGCCCAUAGUUCUGGCACCACCCCAGAGUCAGCCCAGAACCUCAGGAUGUGGAACCUGUACCCUGAAGGGCAGUGUCACCUCCUUCAGGCUCCUGGGGAACAUUCCCAGAAGGACAGAACCUGUGUCAUCAUGUCUCUGUGCCAGAAGAGUGAGCUCUUGAAUCUCGAGGAAGAUAUUCAGGAACCAAGAGAGGAUGGUUCUUUCCUCCAGGUCAUGUCUGAGGAGGACGCCAGUGCUCCCAGUAUCCCUCCUGGUGCCAACUCCUCCCCCAGAGCCAUGGCUGCCUCACUGUGCAGCAGAUCCGAGGCGGGUAACACCAGCAACCGGGAAGCAGAGGGACCGGGCAGCUCCCGGGAGCCAGCGCAAGCCCAGGCCCCCCCCCCAGCAGCACUGCAGGGGAAGAUGGCUGCGUUGGUGGAGUUCCUGCUCCUCAAGUAUCGUGCCAAGGAGCCGACCAGCAAGGCCGAGAUGCUGAGGGAAGUCCUCGGUGAUAACCAGGAGCACUUCUCUGGCAUCUUCAGUGAAGCCUGCGAUUGCCUACAGCUGGUCUUCGGCAUCGAUGUGACCGAAGCAGAGCCCAAUGGCGACACCUAUGUCCUGGCCGCCACCCUGGGCCUCUCCUACGAUGGGCUGCUGAGCCCUGAGCAGCUCAUACCCAAGACGGGCCUGCUGGUUGUCGUCCUGGGCGUGAUCCUCUUGGAUGGCGACCGCGCCUCUGAGGAGCACAUGUGGGAAGCUCUGGGGGCGAUGGGAGUGCAUGCCGGGAUGGAGCACUUCAUCUUUGGGGAGCCCAGGGCGCUCCUCACGGAAGCAUGGGUGCAGGAGCAGUACCUGGAGUACUGUCAGGUGCCCGGCAGUGAUCCCGCCCGCUACGAGUUCCUGUGGGGCCCCAGGGCUCUUGCUGAGACCAGCAAGAUGGACGUCCUGGAUUUUAUACUCAAGGUCAAUAGGCGGCAACGCACUGGCUUCCUCGCUUUCUGAAGAGGUUGUGAGCAAGGAGGCCUGAGCCCGGGGGGCAGGGAGAGUUGGGGCACACGGUGCACAGAUCCUCGCGUUCCCCCCUCUGUGGUGACAGGAAAUGGAUGUCUGUUUUCUUUAGGAAUUUUUCAGCUGUUGUUCCUUGGAGGAAGGUUUAUUAGCUUCAGCGUCUCUGCUGUGAACGACCCUGAUCACACGAGCUUGUGCUCCCCCGGUCCGAGAGGACGCGCGUGACUGUUAGUUGGAUGAUGUUGUGGUGAUUUCACUGGAGCAGGGAGCCGUGGGAGUGGGGCGCGCCUUGGCGGUGAAAUGGUGGCAUCGGAAGUUAGACAAGGAGAAGACACUGAGCAUGUGGUUUGUACCCCUUCGCCGCUUACUCUGUAAAAUAAAAAGCAGAUGUGUCUGUGCUUUGCUCGGGUCAUUCAAGAGGGAGA